AUGAGAGGGGCUAGUGGGAGCCGUGGAGAGGAGGACGCGAGAGAGGUUGAGCACGACGUUAGAAGCCUACGGUCGUUAGUGCAGGAGGGAGAGGAGUGGACGCGAGGUGAGAGAGAUGAGAGCAGUGAGGACGAGACAGAGGGAGAGGACGCGUGCAGAGAGGAGAGGAGCAGAGAGGCGAGAGAGCGUGAGCGUGAGCCAGGAGAGAAGAUCGUGUGA